CAGUGACUUGUCCAAAAUCAGAAAAUAAGAAAAGAAAAUCAUUAUUACAUGACUAAAUGUUGCAUUUCAUUCUUGAAUAAAUUGAUGAGAGUAAACUAAAAUGUGUGACGUUUGUGCAGAUUUAAUCAACUUGUUGGAAUUGCACGAUGCAAGAUUUGAGCAAGGAGAUGGAUUACACUUGAGUAAGGGGGAAAUUUUUACAGUGCUUCUUUACACCCAGGCAUGGCCACAAAGACAAUGCACAUGCUGCUACAGAGAUGUAAAAAACUUUGAGCGGUUGAACAACAUUGUUCAAGUGAUAUUGAAUCUCGGUAUCAAGUUCAUCAAGACCUGGCCUGCUGAUUAUGAGAAGGAGUUGGCUCGAGAAAAGAAAGGUGGCACUCGGGAGGAGAAAGAGACGAAAGGUGAUGAAGAAAUUAAAGAAGAGAAAGUAGUUGCAGAUGAGGAUAAGAAAAGCCAAGAUGGAGCUGAAAAGAUUUCUGAUGAGUCUGACACAAAAGAAACAGAAGAGACAACAGAAGAUGGGAAAAAAAAAGAUGCUGCAAAGCCAGAUGAACAGUCAGAAGAAAAACCAAGACAGGAGGAGGAAAUGGAGACUGAAGAUUCUGAAAUGUGGAACAGCGAGGAAAAGGAUAAGCUCCUACAGUUUAUAGCCAAGAUAUUCCUCAUGAACUUCCCACCUUAUAUGGCUUAUAAACACAUGGUUCAUUCAUCAUUGGAGGAGCUGUCGCAGCAGGAAGCCAAUGCUUUGAACAACUACUGUGAAAUAUCUGACUCCGAGAUUCCCCUGUACUUGUUGAGGAAUGUUUGUUUUUUCUGUGAUAGUACUGGUCUGCUAGCCAUUGCCAAUUGUUUCGACACAGGAAACCCAGACAACUUGCCAUUCUAUGUUGCUCAUACCUUAAUCACAAUCAUUGCAAAUCUUCGUUUAUGGAUGAAUAUCCCCACAGUCAUGCAGUACAUUGUUCCACUCCGAUCUCAAAUCAUAAGAUACAUGUGUAAACUUUCUGAUAAAGAUCUCAGAAUGGCCGGAUCCCGCAACAUGACAGAUCUGAUGUGGGCGGCUGUCAAGGAACCUUUGGACACUGCUGCCACCUAUGACUCUGAAGUCCUCAACUUGGCAUUUAAAUACUUCACUUGUUCAACACUAACAAUAAGGAUGGCUGGAAUAAGUCAGAUAAAUAACCAAAUCAACAUGUACAAUGAAAAUUGUAACAGUGAGACCAUAGUGGAUGCAGAGAGUACCGGCAACAAGCUUGCCACCUGGCUCAUAGAGAAGAAACUUCUUGAACACAUCUUUGGGCCAAAUUUGCAUAUUGAGAUAAUCAAACAAAGUCAAAUGAUCCUUAACUUCCUUGCUGUUGAGAGUCGUAUUACCAAUGAGCACAUAGACUGCAUCUGGGCUGCUACUCAGUUAAAACAUUGUGGGAAGCAAGUUCAUGAUGUGUUGAUGCCACUGAUUAAGAACCUGGAUAUUGAACGUGCUCAGCAUUUACUCAAGUUGAUAUCUGGACUCGAGCCUUCAAUGCACAGUGAACAGACUUUAUACCUUGCCUCAAACUUGAUCAAGCGUGUGUGGACAUCUGCGGGAGGUCAUCGUGCCAGUGUAUCAGCAGUGGCGCAACAUGGCCACGGUCAGUAUACAGCUAUCGUCAAAGAAAAUGAAGAAAUUGAAAAAGGUGCUGGUAUUGGUGAGCCAGGGAAACAUGACAUCAGCCCCAGUGAGAAAUCAGAAGAGAUCAGUAAGGGGAGAAGCAAGGAAGCACGCAAGGGUGGAAAGAGGAAUCCUGAGCACCCGAACAGCCCUUGCAGUGAUGAAGAUGUGAGAAUGGGAAGUCAAGAAGUCCGUCUGUCCCAGACUGAAGAUUCAGAAAACAGCAGCCUCUGUGCAAAUAGCGAUCUGAGUAACAUCAGUGAGGACAGCCUACCAAGUGACGAGAUGCAUAGUGGUCCGAGUCGCCACCACUGCCGACAUCGCCACCAUGGCCACCGGAUACGCUCUCAUGUUGACAAUAGUGACGAGUCGGGUAGCGAGAGUGACAGUGAUAACGAAGGGAUGUCGGAAUCUGAGCAAAUGUGUGAAUCGUCCCCUGGUCAGGUCAGGGUGCAUCGUUGCCAUAUGGGCUCGCCGGGGCGUAUCGCCCAAAGAUUUAAAGCGGCGAAUGUCAAGAUUGUCCAUGCAUCUCAUUCAGGUGACGAGGGAGAUGUGGAGAUUAGUACAGAGGAAAGUGAUGGAGAGGAUGAUGAGGAAGAGGAUGACGAGGAGAUUCCUCCCGACCACUCAUGUCGUCGCCGCCAUCAUGGUCACAGUGAAAUGGAUACUUCUCAGGCAAGUGACAAAAGCAGACGGCCUAAGAAAACAAGCAAAGAAGGCAGUCGUGUUGUGGUAGAAGAGGGCGACCAGCUCCGGGGGUCUGAACCUCUAGUGGAAUCUUUGGAUGACGAUGGUAUUGUCCCCACGAUGAAAGCGCUUCCCACCAGAGCUCAUGUAACGUCUCCAAGCUCCUCGCAAGAGUUUGUUGACAGCAGCGUGGAGACUGAAGUGUAUGACUGUACCAACUACCUACAGAGGAUCCAGGCUCACAGACAUCAUAGGCGCAUACAAAAUGAGUUCAUUGAUGAUAUUCUCAGUCCCGAUGAUGGAAGUUGUAACAGUUCCCGGAUCAGCACAAAAUCCGUGAAGAACAUGGCCGACUUUGAAGGGGAAGAUGUACUGAGCGAUGAUGAUGAGCUAGCACGCAUCAAUGCACAAGUCCGUGCCCACGCCCAUGCACAUGCUCACUUCAAUCCCCAUGUCCAACCACACCACUUGGCUAGUAUGGCGUCAAUGCAUUAUUCACACCUGCCGAUACCAAGAGCUGUUAUUCACCAUCACUCCCAGUCACAUGACGAUGACAGCUAUGAAAACAUGUCAAAUGCAUUUAAAUAUGAUGAUGUUUGCAAGAAGGGCAACACGCUACUCUGGGACCUGGUGCAGGAAGAUGUGGCCGCCAUGCUCCCAGAAGGACUAGAUGUCGAAGCGGAGAAGGCUCUCUGCUCCUUAGUGUGUUUCUCGACUGACAGGCGGAUACGAAUGGCAUUUAUUGAGGCUUGUAUAGAAAAUGUUGCAAAUCAUCGCUCAGUUGUGGUGUCGCUACGUUUGCUUCCAAAACUGUUUGGGUCGUUUCAACAAUACAGAGCUGGGGCAGAUACUUACUCUGUUUUAAUGUGGGCUGAGAAAGAGUUGAACAUGAUGAAGCAUUUCUUCAACGAAUUGAUAUUCUUCAGCAAUUCUGUUAAGAAGAUAGCAAGACCUCAUCAUGCCUUGUACACUUUUCGUGAGGAUGUGCAUGUGCGGCUGCAAUUCCUCUCAUGCGUUUUCUCGACCAUGGGUUCGCCGGAUACGUUUCGUUUACGCCUUGAGCAAGUUGAUGUGCUGUGGUCAUGUCUGAUUGAGAAUCCUGAGAGCACAGAUGAGUGUCUGAGUUGGUUCCUGCAACAAGCCAAGAGCAAGGAGCAUCAUGCAAUGGGGCUGGAAACAUUUAAACAUCUCUUCAUGGAAAAGAUGCCUCGUCUUGAGCCAGAGAACAUGAGCGUGAUAGGUUUGAAUUUGUUCCAGCAGCUCUGUCACCUGGCCAGGGUGGCCAAUGCCUCGUUUGAUGAACCAAUGUCAGAGGAUGUGAUAAGUGGUAUGGAUCAGCUGUGGCAGAUAGCCUUGCGCGCCCACAACAGUGAAGUCAGUAUGUCAGCUAUUCAGUAUCUCAACGCAUACUACAUCAAUUAUGGUAAUGGAAGUUUAGGAAAAGAAGAAGAGUUCAUUCAACGAUGCAUGGAUAGUCUGAGUCCUGACUCGAGUUUACUAGUCAUACAGCGAGAUCUGGUUCUAUUGAAGAAUCACUUGGAGAGCUUCCGGAAGAGAUACGCGUUCCACUUGCGCACGUGGCAACUGAAGGGUGAAGGCAUCAUCAGCCAUCAGAAGCUACUACAGGAUAAACAGAGUUGUACGAUACACAUCGUGCUGCAGCCUGCUGGCAUGGCUGAAAAGCAGACCACCCUUGAACUGUUCACAACGGACCUGAUCGCAGAACUUCGCUCUGAGGUAACGAGAUGGUGGGGUAUGCUACAGAAACAACAACAACAGGAACGCCAACAACCUGUGAUACCUACACCAACAAGCCAAUCAACUGGAUCAGUGCUGACACCUAUACUGGGCUCGUUACUAGGUGAUGGUCCUGUUCGUAUGAUAACACUUGGCCAGGAAUUAACAGUUGAUCUUGAUGAGAAAUCGCUUGGUGAAAUGCAGUUCAAAGACAGACAGCUUGUAUUUGUAUCCAUUGGUGCUAUACGUCCUCCAAGAAAGCAGGAUGGAACCACCCCUGCUUCAUACCUGCCGCCACCCCAGCGAGACCAGAUCCCCAUGGUGCUACUCCUUCAAGAACGACACUUCGAUCAUUUGUUCAACUUGCUGCAGGAGCUGAGUAAUCUCCAGUGUACUGAUGCUAGUGAUUCUCAGAUGGAUGGUCCAGAACAAGGCAAUACCGAAAUCAAAGCGCGAGUGCUAUCCCACCGUGUUUGGGAGUUAUUGAUGGUGUUACCAACCAGCCCCAGUAUGCUCGAAGGCUUCAAGAGUAUUGUCAGUGUACAGGAGAGCGACGAGAAAAAGAAGGAGAGCUGUCUGCGGUGGAAUCGUUUAUUAGACUGUGAUAACCCCCACAAACUAAUGUAUUCCCUGCAGAUAGUGGAAUCAUUGUCUCGGACUCCCUCCAAGAGAAGGAGGCACUUUGGUAAAGGAUCAGGUGCUGGUGACACGGCUGGGAGUUCGGACUCUGAAAGUGGUGCUGAUCAAACUGAGGCUCCAGAAGAAUCCUGGAGCAGACGGUUUGUCUCCCAAGGAGGCCUUAGUCACAUGUUCAAUAUCUUCAUGUCUGGCUGUUUACAAGCUAAAGAGGGUGAUCCAUGGAAUGAGUGGAACCAGGAGUGUCUAGGAUAUCUGAUGCGACUGAUAACCCAGUUUGCUGUCUGUCCGUCUGACUUGGCCAAUGCCAGCGAUGAUCCUUUUGAUCAGUAUGAGACACCGAGAAAGAAGAUGAAGAAACACAGAAGUGGCCAAGAGAAGAUUACUAUUCCAAGGUUGAAUGAGACGAUGCUGUCGAUGAUGGUGGUGGAUGAUGUCCUCAAGAUUUUAACGACUAUUCUCUACGAUGUGGCAGUUCCAAGUGAUAAGAAUUCGAUGCAAGUGGCUGCAUGGGGCAGAGCAGAGGUGGUCCACUAUGCCUUACAGUUCCUGGUCUCUUGGGCCUAUUCAGAUGAAGAGGUCCAACCAGCGAUGUGCACAAGUGAGAGUUUCAGCCGAUGGGUCAAACGACUUGUAUUGGAUGCACCAGAGCCAAGUGUGCGACGGGAAGCAUGUAUGGGACUGUAUCGCUUGUGCCAUGGAACAACAGCAGACGGUAGUAAAAAUGGCUACUCGUUCCUCCUGCCUCUUCUCUCGUGUCUUCUUACAUUCCUUGAUGUUGCCAAGAACAUGAAGCCACUCAGGACUGCAGAGUUUGAUGAUAAGGAAGUGAUGAAGGAACCAUAUGGGCCAUGUUGUCGGGAUUACUUUUGGCUCGUCUGUCGUCUGGUUGAGAGCAUAUCAAGAGAAGAUGCAACAAAGAGCUGGGAAGAGCCUGGACCAGUGAAUUUGGAUGUCCUAGCUCAUCAUGCUGCCAAAUGUGUUGUGGAACAUGACAUAAUUGAGCCAAGGCAAAUGACAUACGAAGACGAUGCCCUCAUAGGUUUAAUCAAUCUAACCACGGUCAUCAUGAAACAUGUCCCACCAUUCCAAGACUCACAGAAAGGAAGGGAUUUUCUUGACGAAUUGUUCUGGAGUCUGUUUGCUCUCCCAUCUCCCCAAAACCGUCUCUUCCCCAAGUGUAAGUCUCAGACAUCACGUUCAGCAGCGUAUGAUCUCAUAGUCGAAUCAGUGAAGGCAUGUUUGCCCAACUAUCAAUUUCUUCAUGAGAGGAUUAUGAAGCAACACACAAAAGAUGCUCAUGCAGUGUACCCAUGGGAUCACUGGCCUCAUGAAGAUGGUCGCUCAAACUGUGGCUACGUCGGCCUCACGAAUCUUGGUGCUACUUGUUACAUGGCGACAUGUAUGCAACAUCUCUUCAUGAUACCACAGGCGAGGGAGUCGGUGCUUCAAGCGAAGUGUAGUUCAGAUGGCCCCCAUGAAGGAACCUUAGUUGAAUUGAGGAAGAUGUUUGCUUAUCUGUUGGAAAGUGAGAGGAAGGCAUACAACCCUCGUAGCUUCUGCAAGGUCUACACGAUGGAUAAACAGCCCCUCAAUACAGGAGAACAGAAGGAUAUGACGGAAUUCUUCACCGAUCUCAUCAGCAAGUUGGAGGAAAUGUCACCAGAACUCAAAAGGCUAGUCAAAAGUCUCUUUGGUGGUGUGAUUUCCAACAAUGUUGUUUCGCUGGAUUGCCCUCAUGUGAGCCGAACGCUGGAGGAAUUCUACACAGUAAGGUGUCAGGUGGCUGACAUGAAAAAUCUCUACGAAUCUCUAGAUGAAGUGACAGUGAAAGACACGUUGGAAGGUGACAACAUGUACACAUGUUCAAAAUGUGGAAAGAAAGUCAGAGCAGAAAAGAGAGCGUGCUUUAGGAAAUUACCCAAGAUCCUCUGCUUCAACACGAUGCGCUAUACAUUCAACAUGGUGACAAUGAUGAAGGAGAAGGUCAACACACACUUCAGUUUCCCCCUGCGACUCUCGGUGGCUGACUACAUGGAGCAGAAUCUGCUAGGUCCAGAUAAAUUAGCUGAUGAAGAAGAUGUGAAUAAGAUUGACGAUGAUAACAAUGACGACGAAGAUGGUAACAGCUUUGAGUACGAGCUGAUAGGUGUCACAGUCCAUACGGGUACAGCUGAUGGUGGACAUUAUUACAGCUUCAUCAGGGAUAGGCUAAAUAAGGCUGAGUCGGGACAUGACCGCUGGUUCUUGUUCAACGAUGCAGAGGUGAAGCCGUUUGAUCCAUGCCAGAUUGCUUCGGAAUGUUUUGGAGGUGAAAUGACUAGUAAAACGUACGACUCAGUGACAGACAAAUUCAUGGACUUCUCGUUCGAGAAAACGAAUAGUGCAUACAUGCUUUUCUAUGAGCGAAUACCAAAGAGACCAGGAGAGGCUCCCAUGGAGAUGAUCAGUGCACUGGAAGAGCCCAAGAAGUUCAACUUCGACCUGUCUGGAGAACUGGCAGAGUGGAUCUGGGAAGAUAACACACGUUUCCUUCAAGACAAGAACAUCCUCGAGCACACCUACUUUGGCUUCAUGUGGCAGAUGUGUGGUUACAUCCCGACCACGCUACCUCGCGAUGAUGAACACCAAGUACCGUUACUCGCAGCCAAACUCAGUGCAUCAUUCGUCUUAGAGACACUGAUUCAUGCCAAGGAAAAGCCAACUAUGCUCCAGUGGAUUGAGCUCCUGACAAAACAGUUCAACUCUUGCCAUGCUGCAUGCGAGUGGUUUCUCGAUCACAUGGCAGAGGAUGAUUGGUGGUGCCAGCAGAUCCUCAUCAAGUGUCCAAACCAGGUUGUCAGACAGAUGUUCCAGCGAUUGCUGAUUCAUGUAAUCACACAGCUCAAACCUACGCAUGUGGAGUUGUACUUGCAUCCAUUGACAGAGCGAGAUGAUGAAGACAUUGACCCGAGUGAGAUCGGCAACAAAUCCUGUGUCACGAGAUUCAUCAAGAAAAUGCUAGCAAUUGUACAGCAAGGUGCUAAGCCCAGCAGUAAACAUCUGGCCGAGUAUUUCGCCUUCUUCCUCGACUUUGCCAAGAUGGGAGACGAUGAGUGUAUAUUUCUUAUACAGCUCAGCACCAUCAGUACAUUCAUCAACUUCUAUAUGGGCUAUAAGUGCCAGGACAAUUAUGUGGAAAUAAUCUCGGACGAAGAAGAUGAAGAGGAAGACGUCAUUGCAUUGACAGAUGAGAAAUUCAAACCAAUAUCGCUAGAAAAAAUGAUCGCUCUGAUCUCGCUUUUAGUGGAACAAUCUCGUGGCGAAGACAGAGAUCUACAGCUCAGUGAAAAAGACUUUAAUGCAAUCGUUGGGGGAAAGGGUUUCCCGUUCUUCUUCAGUCAAAUCAGAGACAGUAUCAACUUGAGGCAGACAUGCAAUCUCAUCUUCAGCAUGUGCCGGUGGAACGAGAGACUUGCUGUGGCUAUUGUGCAGAUGAUCUUCACUUCAAUAACCAAGUUGAAUCAAGAGCAAUGUCAGCCAUUCUUCAAGGUGCUAUCUAUGUUGGUGGAGAUUAUUGGAGGGCCACCAGGAUUACCACCAUUCACCCGAUACAUACUACAGAAGUUCUGGGAGCUAGCAGAAUAUUGUCCACAGCAGUGCCUUGAGUGGUUAGCGACACAGGUGACAAGGAACAAGAUUGCUCACCAGUGGGUGUUGAGCAGUAUAGACAGCUGGGUGGAACCCUACCUGCUUGCUAACAAUAACCACAGAGUCAGAAAUGCUGCCGCCCAUCUCUUGGUUUCCCUGGUGCCUAGUAACAGUUUCAGACAAGCAUUCAGGAGUGGGAGAAGUCUGCUAAGUCCUCACAAAGAAAUAACAAUGAAUCAAGAAUCCAUUGCCAUAUUGCAUGAGGUGUACAGGGAAUUACUGAGGCUCUUAUCGAGGGCAAGACAUUUUGUGGAUGCAAGUGCCCAUGGCACAACCAAGCUGGUUUCUUACUUCACCUUGAUGACAUUCUGCCUGGUCUCAAGAACAGAAAAACUCAUGUUCUCCCAGUACUUCCUGGAUCUGUGGCAACUGUUCCAACCAAAGCUGACAGAGCCACCUAUUGCCAUUCACCAUAACAAACAAGCAUUGUUGAUCUACUGGCACCAAGCUUGUAUUGACUGUCCUGACAACAUCAAGUUGAUAGUCUCCAAUGCUCAUGUUACUAAGAAUAUAGCAUUCAAUUACAUCCUAGCUGACCAUGAUGACCAAGAAGUCGUUUUGUUCAACCGGUGCAUGCUGCCUGCCUAUUAUGGCAUCCUGCGCAUGUGCUGUCAACAUUCGCGGCCAUUCACACGCCAGUUGGCUCAUCAUCAGAACAUCCAGUGGGCAUUCAAGAACAUCACACCUUAUCCUGCUCAGUACACUGUGGCUGUUGAAGAGUUGUUUAAGAUGAUGCGCUUCAUGGCUACCAAGUACACUGAUAGCACAGAAGAGGAUAUCAAGUCGGUGAACCAAUUCAAGAGGACGACACUGCAGCUGUAUCUACAGAAUCUUGAGGCAAGAUCAAACUGGCAAACCAUGAUCAAUGCUUUCAAAAUCCUGGUGGAGACAAACGACGACAGGCUGAUGUUACUCUACAACAAUGGUCUGCAAAUGAUGACAGAGGCAUUCAGCACCUUGCAUAUGAUGUUCCACGAGGCGACGGCUUGUCAUGUCACAGGCGACAUUGUCGAGUUACUGCAGAUUGUCACACCUGUUUUGAAGGCGGCGAGGGUCUACUCUGAGAAAAAAGUGACGGAAGUGAAAGCUUGUUUGCAUAACUGGAAAGAGCGUGUGGAGUUCAUGAGGAAGCUCCUUCAACUGCUGAACUCCUACGUCCCAAAUGAAGCCAGACAGUGUGCUAUUUACGUGAUUAAAGAGAUACUGCUGAUCUACCAGAACGAGGCGCUGCAGGCGAUAGUCCCAAUCAUCCUCCACAGUCACAGUCAGUUCCAGGACAGUAGCGUGCCAGUGACGUUGGGGCCUUUCUUCCCACGGAGGGGACAGAAGUCCAUGCCAUCCAAGUCCAAUAUUAGACCACCGAGGCCACUCUACCAGAUGGUUCUGCAGACAAGCAUGUUGGAAUCAACGAGGGGUGUUGACAAAGUGUACGAUGAAGCAUUGGCAAAUUUCUACUUCCCAUAUUAUCAUUUUAUUGAUCUCGUCUGUCGAGUGGCUGUCAAUACACAGACAAUCACAGAGAACAUCAUUAAUCUCAGUGCCAUGAUUGCCUAUGAAGGUGUUCCACUCAACUCGCCAUACUUUGCUAAGUUAUGGUAUGAAAUCUACCACACAGAGCACAUAGACAAGAACUGCAUCUCAUCGCUGUGCAAGAACACCUCCUUCAUUGAUUAUGUCGAUGCUGUCCUGAUGGAUGAACGAGCCAGUCUCAACAAUCAUAUCAUUUAUCAAUUCUUCUGUACAUAUUUCCCAAAGGUUCACCAGCAGGUGUUAAAUGACCAGGGAAGGAAUCUCCUGGUUAAUAUCAUAACUGCUGUGGCUGCUGAGAGGGCAUCCAUUGAAGCCAUCAGGUGUGAGGCUGAUUUAAUGAAGAUCUCCGAGAGGAUCAAUGGGGACAUGAGAGCAUUACUACUUAUCUUCUCGGUGCAACCACCAAAGUCUUUGGACCUGGUUCUCAAGGACAGCCUUGAGUUCAUACUGAAAACUUGUAAAAAAUAUCAGGAACACAAACUUAAGGAGAAACAAGACGCAGAGAAAUUGAAAGCUCAGGAAGCUGAAACAGAAGAGGUACCAACAAAGCGUCGAAAACUUAGCGAAGAGCAAGAGAAAGAGGAAGCAAAGCCAGAAGUGGAGGAGAUCGAUUUGACGGCUGAUGACGUAAAUCCAGGAUCUUCAAAAGAUGACGAGGAAGAAACCAGGGAACCCAGUGCGUCUGCUGUUGCUGCGGAGGCAGAUGAUGAUGAGAACGAUGAGGAGGAGGAAGAUAGAGAGACGAGAAACAGACUGAUGGGAAGAUCAGGAUGGACAGACUCCGAGAAGAAGAGAUCGGAGGGACGGAUUGGAAAAGAGAAACCGGGCAUUGUAGAUAAUGUUGUAAAAAGCAUUGAGACUUUGUUCAAUAUAAUUGAAAAGAAUAAGGCGAGUUGAAGCUGAUGGAAAUUUUUAUUGUGUUGAUGUGUAUGGAAUGAAAUAUGAAAUAAUUCUAGGCACAAAUCGGAAAAGAGAAGCCAUGCAUUGUAGAUAGUGGUGUCAGUAUUGUUAGGAACCAAGAUAAUGUGGAGUUUGAAAUGUUAUCUGAAAACCAAUCAUGUAGUGGGAUCUACUGCAGCUGAUUUAGAUCUAGAAUCUGCAUGUAGGCAUUUAGAUAAAUAUAAAGUGAGUAUGACAGAUGAACAUGGUAAUGCAUGAUGUCAGUUGAAUUCAGACACUCAGUUUUUAUGUACAUGUACAUGUAGGAUAUUGACUUCUGCAUGUGGCAUUGUUUGGAACCAAUGGAGUGCACAGAAAAACCCUGUUGUGAUUGAAAUUCUGAUAGGGUAUUUGUACACAUUGUUUGUGGCAUUGUCUAGUAUUGUUAGACUUGCAAGCUCCGUAUUUGUCAUCCAUGCAAAGAAAAAGCUUCUGAGGUUUUGCCUGAAUUUUGCCUGAUUAAUUUGCUUUGGGUGUUGAGAAUAAGUAUAAUAUUUUAAAAUGAAUACAGUCUGAAUUUUAAAAGUCCUUUUGUACAGAUUCAACAGGAUAUUACCCUUGUCUAAGUGAACCGUAAUUGCUUCUAUGUGUGACUCCUUUGAGUUUUACAGAAACUCUAAACCUUUUACUUUUUCUGCCACAACCCUUGGUCCUUUUAAGGAAAGAAGCCAUUCUCAUUAUCUUGACAGCCUAUGAAGUCACAUUGUCUUCAGAAAAGCCGAUGAGGUGGAGUAUCUCUCCAAUGAGGAAAUUUGUAUCAGAAUUUGAUAAUGUCUUUUAACCUAAACAAAUAUUUCUUGAGGCACCCUGCAUCAAAUCACGGCAGAUAAAUCUUCCAAAACAGUUAAAUAGUCAAGAAAGUUAUAUGGUUUUCAAGGUGUUCAAUAAAAAGUGUUUUUGCAAUGCGAAUUUUAGAAACUUGUAAAGAAUUCAACUGCAUAUGCAAGUUUGCUCUCUGCAUGUGGAGAUGUAUGGCAUAUGCUUUAAAUGUGCACUAUUCAGUCCUGAUGGCUUGUUAAUGUGACAUCAUCAGUGCAGACAUUGUCUGAACCAUUGCUGUACAAUCUUUUCAGAAUGUAUAGAUGUCUCAAUGAGAGAAUCGUCUCUUUGUAAUAAAGACAAAUUUGUGU